UCAACAGCUUUGUGUUAGUUUUCGCCCGAUUUCCCGUUCUUUGAGGGCGACCACAAACAAAAGGUUAAAUAUCCGGCACUAGUCGACGCUGGAACACUCUGUAAAUUCAUAAGGACAAGUGAUUGAAAAGUAGCUGACUUCUUCGCAACCGGAACGGGAACGCAGCCACCUGGACGAGCACCACUUGUCGAUGAGAGCUCCACUGGGACUGGCCAGAACGCGAAAGAUGAGCAACAACUACAACGACGUGCCCUUCGGCAUCCGGGCGGUGCAGCGGCUGUCGCGCCACUGCUGCACCCGCUUCCACGCCCGCAGAGAUCUGCUCUACAAGAUGUCUGUGUUUGUGCUAACUUUCCUGGCUUACGCCUGCUACCACAUGUGCCGCAAACCCAUCUCCGUGGUAAAGUCCGUGCUCCAAGGAAAUUGUUCCACUUCCCUGGCGGCAUCGAGUCACGAAUGUGGCUAUGCGCCCUUUGAUGUUCCCGAUGCCACCACACUCUUUGGCAUGCUGGACUCGGCCUUCCUUUUUUCCUAUGCCAUUGCCAUGUUCGCUUCUGGUUUUGUGGCGGAGCGCGUUUCCCUGCGCUACUUUCUAUCCAUGGGCAUGAUCCUCACCGGAGUGUUCACCUAUAUGUUUGGCAUUGCCCGCACCUCCAACAUCCACAGUUUGUGGUACUUUGUGCUCGUGCAGAUACUGGCUGGCAUCUUCCAGACGACCGGAUGGCCAGGCGUCGUGACGCUCGUGGGUCGCUGGUUCGGAAAGUCCAAGCGCGGCCUGAUCUUUGGCAUCUGGAACAGUCAUACGUCCAUCGGAAAUAUUCUGGGCACGCUGAUAGCGGCGCACUAUGUGGAAAGCGAUUGGGCGCUGUCGUUUGUGGUGCCCGGCAUCAUCAUUGGAGCCGUGGGCUUUUUGCUCUUCCUUUUCCUUGUGGACCAGCCGGAGAUAGUGGGAUGUUAUCCAGAAACGGGUCAGCAGGAGCGUCGUAUGGCCAACGAGUCGGAUGAGGAGCAGGACGACGAGGAGCAGGUGCGCCACAACGAUGCCUGUGUGGUCAGUUUGGGGUACGACUCUUCCGAAACCGAAAUCAACUAUAGAUCGGCGCCCACCGAGCGUACUCCAAUCCUCACGCGUUCCCAGCCACCGCCACAGCCCAGGCGUCGCGGACGCCCCAUCAGCCUGAUCGAUGCUUUGUACAUACCCGGAGUGGUGGAGUUCUCCCUCUGUUUGUUCUUCACCAAACUGGUCAGCUACACCUUUAUGUACUGGCUGCCCCUCUACAUUCAGAAAUCUAGCACAUUGGGCCCGGAGCUGUCCGCUGAUCUGUCCACACUUUUCGAUGUGGGUGGCAUUUUGGGAGCCAUAGCUGCGGGCUAUCUAUCGGAUGUGAGCGGAAUGUCGGCCACCGUCUGUACAGGCAUGUUGUUCAUUGCCUCGCCCAUUCUGCUGAUGUAUCAACAAUAUGGUGCCUUGUCAAUGACCAUCAGCAUAGUGCUUCUGAUUGUGGUCGGCAUCUUUGUGAACGGUCCUUAUGCUCUGAUAACAACGUCGGUGAGUGCAGAGCUGGGUCAGCACAGUUCCCUGGAGGGCAAUGCCAAUGCAUUGUCCACCGUGACGGCCAUUAUCGAUGGCACUGGGUCGAUUGGAGCGGCAGUGGGUCCACUGCUGGCCGGACUCAUCUCCACUGCCGGAUGGCAGUAUGUCUUCCACAUGCUCAUCGCAGCCGACAUCAUUGCAAUGGUGCUGCUGGGGCGACUGGUCUUCAAGGAGUUUGCCGCACUGCGUCGGUCAUCGCAUCGGAUUCGGAUCGAAUAGCAGGAGGAAGCGGCUAUUGUCGCCGAGUCGGAUGUGGUUUGACCGUAUUAUAUAUAUAUUCUUUGUGUUUUAGCGUUCUGUGUACAUAGCAUAGCACUUGUAUAGCAUAUACAUAUAAAGAGCGUUAUGUUUCCGUUCGAGAGCAUAUCAGAGAGUCAUUCUGAUCCUAGUUUUAUCCCAUACAUGUCAAUACCUAAUGUUAUUUUAAAUGGAACGUUUACCAUCAUCCUAGGCUAUCCAUCAAGUUUACAGUUUUGAUAUAUUACCUACAUACAUACAUACAUAUAUAUAUACAUAUAUUUUGUAAUCCUGUGUGUGUGCGCGCGCGUGUGUGUCAGAGUCUCCUCGUUUUAAGUGCCGAACUAUCAUUAGUACUAGCAUAAUUCUACUGCUAUGUAAAUACACUUUAUCGUACACUUUUCGUACCAAUAAAACCGAAUUUGACUGUCCUUCGCGGCAGUACAACUUCUAAA